AUGGCGGCAAAGACGGCGAUUCCGGCCACGGCAGUGACGGCUACAACAGCAGCAGGUGAGGAAGCAGAGUGGGAACCACCCGCCGUCGUCAACGCCCAGGGGUUCUGCAAUUUCGGCUCAGUUCCAGAUCGGGUUCUUCGUCCUGGUUUGAUGAAAUCCGUUUCGUUUCUCACCACCGACCAGCCCUCUGUAGAUGAACAAGCAGGUUGCUGCUCUUUGCCUCUGUUUUGA